CACACUCCAGAGACGUGGUUAUUUUUUUCCCUCCUUGCGAGCCGUGUAGAUUUGGUUGAGACGAGAUCCUUGGAAGACACACCUUGGGCAUCGGAGAAUGUCGUGUUGACACAGAAGCUCCGCAGAAGUCACACAGCUCCCCCAUAAAGUAAAGGACAACGUGAUGCAGACAGGAAGCUGCCAUGGCCUGGCGACGUGGGACGAUGAGACCCCCGGCCCGUCCUACACCACCGCUGGUGUUGCGUCGGCGUGCCCACUGGCCAGCGAGCCCGGAGACAAGGACCAGUGUCUGAUCGUUGGCUACAAAAAGCCGCUGCUCAGCGACGGCACCGGAGAGGAGGACGACUGUCGGUUCGUUGGCUACAAAAAGCCACUGCUCAGCAACAGCACCGGCGAGAGCGGAGACGAGGACCAGUGUCUUAUAGUCGGCUACAAAAAGCCGCUUCUCAGCAACAGCACCGGAGACGAGGACCAGUGUCUUAUCGUCUACUACAAAAAGCCGUUGCUCAGCAACGGCACCGGAGACGAGGACCAGUGUCUUAUCGUCGACUACAAAAAGCCGUUGCUCAACAACAUCACCGGCGGGAGCGGAGACGAGGACGAGUGUCUGAUCGUCGGCUACAAGAAGCCGAUCGCCAUGCGGACGCCAGAAUUUGUUCAGCUUUCCUCUGACAGCGAGGAGGAGGAACUUCCUCCGCUCGCCUCCCUUCCCACUCCCUUCCUGUCCAAUGAAAACCAUGUCUCUCCAGAUGUGUAUUGAUGUUAAAUGAUUGUGAUAAACUGAAUGUGAAUAUGUGAAAAGUUCAAUUAAAAGGGGAAAAAGGGGAAAAUUAGGUUAGUGAGUGAUGGAUUUUUACCUCUUGCUAGAGCCUACAUCCACUGGUGUGACAGCCAUUUCCACCAGUGUGACGCUGAUUUCAUGUCACACUGUAGGAAAGUGCUGUCACACCAGUAGACGUUUUCAAGAUCAAGCCCAGUUUGCGGCCUAGCUAUAUGAGAGACCGUCUUCAAACCUGACUAACAGUGUUAAGGUUUACAUUAUUUUCGAUAGUCAAUCAAUAUAAAUUGAUGAAAAUUUUCAGUGGGAAAAUUGCAUUCUAAUAAUGAUCUUCUGUUUUCGUCUCUCUUUAUGGUUGGUUCUCACAUGCUGAAAUGAAAAAGGAAGCUUGAAUCUUUUGUGUUACUUUUGUUUUCCGUU